AUGCCGUUAAAUCACCGCAUACGAUGCCAGUGUACCAGCAUCUACCCUGGGGGCAUGAACACGUAUACACCCGAGAGAGGGUUUGAUCCGUUUUACACCGAUCGCCCUCUCUUCACAGAUCUCGACUUUGAAAUAUUCAACUACUUCGAUUGUGAAAAUUGUUUCCUGACGUGUGAACACGGUGGUACAUUCAUAGACGAUCCUUGCCAUUGUUCCUGUGCUCAAACCUGGACCGGCAAAACAUGUACUGAGUGUGCAUUGACUGGCUGUGAGAAUAACGGUACCUUCAAUGAAGCAACCUGCACGUGCACAUGCCCGAAACAGUGGAUGGGGAAUACAUGUGCUGAGUGUGAAUUGACUGGCUGUGGUAAUGGCGGUACGCUCAAUGAGACAACCUGUACGUGUAUAUGCCCGAAAGAGUGGAUGGGAAAUACCUGUACUGGUGAGUAG